ACCUCAUCCACCUUCGGCGGGACCCACAGCCCACGCUACGAGCUCACUGGUGCAGUAUGAUGACAACACCUGCCGCUGCGAAUUCAUCCAAGGGCAGGAAUAUAUUCUUCCCUCCUCCACCGACUACCUGGGAACGUUUUAUUGGACUUCCAAGCGCUUUCAUCGCCAAAUAUAUCUACAGCAUUGCCCAGUCUCGGGUCGCGCCGACGUCACCUUCAUUAAUUCAUCCUCCGAUCAGAAUCGUCUGCAUAUCGGACACUCACAACACGACGUUGACUGAUGUCCCUCCCGGAGAUAUCCUGCUGCACGCCGGGGAUAUGACGAAUUCCGGCUCAUUUGAAGAAUUGCAAGCGCAGAUCACAUGGCUCAACUCCCUUCCGCACACGCAUAAGAUCGCGAUUGGAGGAAACCACGACGUACUCCUCGAUGAAGAAUUCGUGAAACGAGUACCUGCCCGUGUAUUCGACAGCCAUGGCGCCACGGCCAAGAAUCUGGACUGGGGCUCUGUCGUCUACCUCAACGACACAUCUGUUACUCUCGACAUUCAUGGUCGAGAAAUCAAUGUGUUUGGAUGUCCGCUUACGCCUAAACUCGGAAACUGGGGAUUUCAGUACCUCCGCAAGAGCGAUGUAUGGACGGGAAGGGUCCCGGAAGGAACUGAUAUCUUGCUCACACAUGGACCACCUAAGGGUCACCUGGACUUGUCCUGGUGGGGCUGCGGAUUCUUGAAUAGGGAGCUGGAGAGGGUGCAGCCUCAGCUGUGUGUCUUUGGGCAUAUUCAUAAAGGAAGGGGGAAAGAACAGGUGUGUUGGGACCUUACACAGCAGUUGUAUGAUAGGGUCGUGACGGGGGAGACGGGAUGGCUGGGUGUUCUGAGGUUGGCGGUUGAAGUGGCUAAGGUAACAGUGUGGGGGAAGGGAUUUGGUGGGAGGGAACAAAAGGGAACCCUGAUUAAUGCAGCCAUGGCUCGGGGAGGGCGGAGGGAGCGGUGGCGGGAGAAGCUACUCUCUAAUAAGUAG